UUUGCAUAUUUAACUACAGCUGGCAGGUGAAAUGAAAUGUGGAUUAGAAAUUAGUAACAAACAAAACACACAAAUGGAAACAACAAAUUUAAACACAAAUCCCUUGAAUACAUGGGGAGCUAAAGCACAAGUGGCCUGGAGUAGACUGUUGGAUAUAACAACUGACGAUCCAGGAAUAGUAUGGAAUAUUGGAAGCAUAAUAGUGGUAUUGGUUUUUUAUUGGAGUUAUGCUGCAGUUUUUACCUUUAUCGAUAUUACAAAUAAACCACGUUGGAUUUAUAAAUAUAAAAUUCAGCCAGGACAAAAUGAACCAGUAGAUAAGAGAAAAUUAUGGAAGGCCAUUAAACAAGUCCUAUUCAAUCAAAUAAUUGUCACAGCUCUUGGCCUCCAAGUAGGAAAUUGGCUUUGUUUUCAACACAAAACAAUUGAAUCCAUACGUCAAUUACCGUCAAUGAAAACCAUUAUUAUCGAUUUGGCUUUAAUGUCUAUCCUACAGGAGAUUAUAUUCUAUUAUGCACAUCGUUUGCUACAUCAUCGUUUGAUUUAUAAAUAUUUUCAUAAAAAACAUCAUGAAUGGAAUGCUCCCAUUGCGGUUGUAACUUUCUAUUGUCAUCCUGUGGAACAUUGUUUAAGUAAUUUGGGACCUAUAGCUUUAACAUCAGCUCUUAUCAAUACACAUGUUGUGAUUACCUGGUUCUUUACGAUUUCAGCCAUUUUUAUUACAAUGACAGUUCAUUCGGGUUUUUAUCUGCCUUUAUCAGGUGAUUCGGUAUUGUUUCAUGAUUAUCAUCAUUCAAAAUCCAAUUACAAUUUUGGUGCCUUUGGCUGGCUGGAUAAAUUGCAUGGUACCUAUAGAGAGACGAAAUUUAAAAAGCAUUAGAAAAACAAAUUUCCAAUUGGGUGUUUGUGUCCACAAUUUAUUAGUAAUUUUGAAUGUACUUGAAUGUUAAAUUUUCACUUAAAUAAUUCUUUGUUUUCAUAAUCUGAACGAUGUAAUAAUAAACUUAAACAUUAAUAAAAUAAAUCA